AUGUCACAGGCACUGGCUUAUACCCUCUGCGUUUAUUUUCUGGCGGGUCUAUCAUUGGCAGGAGGUGGGGUGCCUUUCUUUGAGUACCUGCUUCUGCUGUUUUUGGUAGCAUACUUUGGAUCAUCAGUCUUCUUCUUUCUCAGUGCCAUCUCUUCAAUUCCAGAAGUGGGGAAUGCAUUGGCAGGUCUUUUUGUUUCGGUUUUCCUACUCUUCAGUGGCUUUGUGAUCUACCCAUCCAAUAUCCCAACUUACUGGAAAUGGCUCACCUAUGCAAACCCAAUUCACUGGGCAAAUGUCUCAUUCUGCAGGUUCCAGUUCGAGGGUUACACUGACUCAUGCUCCAACUACCUAGGCCAACUUCCCUUCUGUGACCAGUUCCCAACAAUGACAGUUGGAAAAGCCUAUUUGGUCUACUUUGAGAUUUCUGAAGACACCAAGAGACCAUGGCUUCCCUAUGCCAUUCUUCUUGGUUGGACAGUAGCUGCCAACUUGUUAGCACUAUUGGGCCUGAAGAAACUUGAGUUCACUGGGACAAACCAGUCCUUGCCGCAUCUAAAAAAGGCCACCCCAGCAAUAAGCAAAUUUAAAGAAGAUACAGAGAGUGAAUUUCAGUCGAUUGGUAGUUCCAAUGGACAUUAUGAUGAUUACAGUUCUUCCAUAGAUUUUAGGCCACCCAAUUCAGCAUUAGCUCAUGGAAAAAUGAAGGACAAUGGCGGAGUCAGAAAAUGGAUUGAAGAAUUUCGUGUUGAUCUCGAGAGGAAUGGAUUAGGAAUUCCAGUCGAACCAGCAACCCUCUUAUUCGAGGAUCUGUCAUUCACAAGGUUUGAUGAGGAAAUGAAGGACAGUAUAUCAGUUUUCAAACACAUCACAGGAUAUGCCAGACCUCAAAACAUGCUAGCAUUAUUAGGUGGUUCCAAAACAGGUAAGGCAACACUCCUGAAAUGUUUGGCUGGAAGAUUACCUCUAAGUGCAAACCUCAUCGGCAACCUCCAGGCAAAUGGUAUCAAACCUGGAACUACCUUCUUCAGAUUAAUAGGCUUUGUUGAGAAACUGGACGCCCACCAACCUUAUCUCUCUGUGCGUGAAUCCCUACAAUUCAGUGCAUCGCUUCGUCUUAGCCAAGAAAUAGAAACCACAAGCCGCCGCAUUCAUGUUGAGCUGGUUCUUAAUCAACUUGAUUUAAUGCCCUAUGCCAACCAACUUGUUGGUUCCCUCCGUGAUGCUACUGGAAAGACAUUUGAAAUAGCUAAAAAAAUGACCAUAGCAGUUGAGCUUGCCGCUAACCCAAGUAUACUAUUUCUUGAAGAACCCAUAUAUGGCCUUGAUAACAGAGGAACUUUGAAUAUACUCAAUAUUCUCUGUCGUCUGUCAGAGUCCGGACAGACCAUUAUUGCUACUCUUACACACGCUAAUGCUCGUUCACUGUCCUUCUUUGACCAGGCUCUCAUUCUGACACGAGAAGGGCACCAAGCAUAUUUUGGCCCAAUAGGGUCUAACUGCAAUGAAUUGCUAGAUUAUUUUGCAUCAAUCCCAAACACCCGACAAUAUGUCCACAGCAAAAGUCCAGUUAGCUUUGUCAUGGAGGCUCUUGGCCUAGGCAUAAAAAAUAGGGGUACUCCUGUGCAAAACUUUGCAAAGAUCUACCAAGCUAGCCUCUUGCAUGAGGCCAACAACCAAGAGAUCAGUAGCAUCAAGAAGUUGAAGAAUUACAAGAUAUCAAAGCAUCUAUCAUCCAUCUAUACAGCUUCAUACCCACAGCAAGCAAGUUUGGUGCUGCUACGAACACAACGAUUCUUAUGGAGGAAUGUACAAUAUACAUAUGGCAGACUAACAGGAUGUGUUGUGAUUGGUCUCCUAAUGGGUUCCCUCUACUUUCAAAUUGAAUACAGAGACGUAUACGGCGUGACAUCACGAUCACUUUACAUAUACAUGCAAGUUAUACUUAUCGGGGUAAUCUCAGCGAAUAAUGUCAUUCCACAGAUUGGAACAGACAGGCUAGUUUACUUCAGGGAGAAAAGGGCUGGAAUGUAUCUUCCCAUAUUUUAUCCGAUAUCAUGGGCAGUGGGAGAGAUUCCAUACUUCUUCAUCACAACUCUUGUUGUGGUAGGAAUCGGAAAUGGGAUGGCAGGAAUUACAACAGACUCAGCAGCUAAAUUCCUAAUGUAUUGGCUUGUGCUCUUCAUGUUCACAUUGUGUGUGACAUAUUUUGGAAUGAUGGUUACGUUCCUAGCACCAGUGCCAACAAUCGCUGCAUUCAUUGUCUCAAUUGUAACAUCACUGUGGGUGUCAGCUUCUGGAGUAGUAGUUGUGCUACCGGAUAUAAAGUUCUACAAAUGGAUGUACUGGAGCAACCCAUUCCAAUAUGCGAUGAAUUCAAUGACCUCAAUCAGUUUUUAUUGCAAUAUGAAGGAUUGCGGGUCAAAUUGCAGGUGCCCACGCCUUCCAGAUGGCUCUUAUGUGUGGGAUAGAUUGGCAGAAGUGAGAGCCUUGAGCUAUGCAAGGAUGGACACGGACAUGCUCACCUUGUCUGCAAUGUGCAUGUUGUUUGCCUGUCUUGCCUCUAUCUUCUUUGUCAUAUUCAAGCACAACUCGACCCCUCGUCUGUAG